AUGAGUCUAGACCUCCAGAAUUUUCUAUUUGACAAACAACAGGACUCAAGUGUCCCAUUUGAGCUGAGAAUCUUCGAAGAACCUGGCAGUAACCCCCCCAGGAAUGUGGCCGUUUUGAACGUUAUUCGCGAACUGAACUUUGAAACUCAGACAUCACAUCGACUUACCAUCAUAGUCCAAGAUCUUCAGGACGAGUAUGGAAAUGGUCCUCAUUCAGAAAGCGCAACAAUUACAGUCGAAGUAGAGGACAUCCAGGAUACCCCUCCACGGUUCUUCUAUUUCGAUUCCUUCGUCGACAUCGAAGAAGACUACGGCAGCAACACUACCGGCCUCGCGCGCUGGGGUGACAACCACAACCACCACAACUCUCGGGCUCUUCGAAUUAAAGUAUUAGAUAGCCUGGAAAGGCGCCUUGUGGGCCUGGCGCUUUCGGCCGUGGAUGGCCUGGCCUACGACCCAGAAUGGCAUAGCAUCGAUGAGGUGGUAGCGAAUUUCUUGGCAAGUGACGGGGACACUACACCGGAAAUUGCACGCAAUAUCAUCUACUCCAUCUCCGGAGGAAAUGGAGAAGGAUACUUCAAGAUAGACCAGCCUACAGAUGGUAGUGACACCGCAAAGCUGAGGAGGGCAAAGACAGUUGACUCCGAAGCUCCCAACACCACCUUCAUCACUCUCAAUAUCACGGCGACAGAAUUAUUCGAAAAUGACACGGAAACAGAUCAGUCCACAUCGCAGACCUGCGUGGUAUCUGUCGCUGACAUCGACGACAACGACCCGAUGUUCAACUUUGAUCAUUUCACGAGUGAGGUGGAUGAGGACAUCUCCUAUGGGGUUCCCCUUUCUUUCAAGUCACCUGGCGGAGAAGAAACAUUCAUCAAUGUGACAGAUGCGGACGCUAUUGCAGUUGAGGACGUGAAUGGUAUAGCGAAAAACACGGCCACGGUAACAGUGAAGGUAAACCCAAAGAACGACAAUUUUCCCCAGUGGAGUGAUCCGCCUUAUGAUGGGGACCCCGUCGUAAAUGAGAACGCACCAAGUGGAACUGAAAUCCUCACGCUGAAAGCCACGGAUGCCGACAGAGAGAAUGGGGACAAUCUGUGGUAUUACUUGUCUGAUCGUUCAUUCACCGGCAAGGAGUUGUUCAGCGUAGAUUUGGAAACUGGGGAAUUGUCCGUGGCAGAUGGUGCUAAUGUGGACUGGGAGACAUUUGGAACCAAUCUCAUCAUCUACGUCGUUGCUUCAGAUGAAGCUGAUGACCCAUUAGUGAGCCACCGGAACGAGACCAGCUUUGACAUCACAAUCCUGGACGUGAAUGAUAAUCCUCCACAAUUCUCUAAUAUCGAAGAAAUCUUCGGGAGCGAGAAUACUAAUGCGGGAGAGACCCUGGUGGGGUCGGUGAGGGUAAGCGAUUUGGACCAACCGGGGACGAGCAACACAGAUUUAGAGCCCGAAAUCGUGAGGAUAGAAUGCAUGUUGGACUGUGCAAUUCCUGGUGACGCCACCGGUUUGGUGGAGUUGAUGAUGGAGCAAACCAGUGACAUCAUUAUAACAUACAUCAUCAGGUUCAAUGCCGACAUGGACUUCGCUGAACGACGUGGUCAAUACGAGGUGGAAGUUACGGUUUCUGACAAGGGAGACCCGAUGUUGAGCACUACAGAGAUCAUCAUUCUACACAUAGUAGACCGGAAUGACGAGUACUUUGCAUGGUCGGUGGAGCACGGAUACAUCUUCCCAGUAGAGGAGGUAAUGAUCGCUUCCCUCCGGGGAUCACUAAAUAAGAUCCGAAAUGCGAAGAUGCUGAAUGAUUCAUUCGUGUUGCAGAGGUUCCAGGUGGGUUCAGACAUCAUCAACAGCAAUACGGGCGCUGAGUUCUACAAGAAGACCAAGGAAGACCGCAUUUGA